AAAAAAAAAAAAAAAAUUUUUUUUAACUAAGCUAAAGGGCGUCAUGCCCGCCAUUUUUCAAGUUACGCGCAAGAUAUUUACGACCAAAGUUGAGGCUCGGGUCAAAUUGACCCGGUGUGACUACGGAAAAUUAAGAAUGACGUUCCUGCGUGUGAUGGUUUUCACAAGACAUUUUCUUGUUUAACUUCUGAAAUAAUCCCGAGAUUUUUCCCUGGAAUCUCGAUGAAAUAAUCCGGAAUACCACGUGGCUGUGAAAAAUUUAAAGAUGGAUUACGUAAGAACCAAGCUCCCACAGCUGAAUAUCCUGUUUACGACGAAAUAAAAGCCGACAUUCGAGUUUCUCUCUCAUAAAGUCUUGCAAACAUCCUGUCUCAUAUGGCCUUUUCGAUUAAUCUGGAGCGUUAACUAGUUUAGCGAUCAAUGAACUUAUUGAUAUAAUAGUUACAGGUUGAUAUGGCAACGCGUUAUUUAUUCCGGUUUGAGUCUGGCUUUCUAUCACGAAAAUGCAGAAUGCGACGAAAAUGUGGUGAAAGGAAAUUAAUUUAAACGAAUAUCGGUAAUAAUUGAAUACAAUGGCAACGGGUAAAGGAAAGAAGAAAGCCGGUACAAAGACAAAUGGAAAAAAUAAUGGAAAAGGUAGUAAAGGUGGCAAUGGCGGCAAAAGUAAAGGAUCGAAGAAAUCGAGAAGAAGCGGCGGGAAAGCACGAUUCGCCAUGGACAUCUUCAACGAGGAGGUGAUGGAAAAUGCUUAUUAUACAUGCCAUAACAUCAUGGAUGUGCUAAAGUGCCGAGGUUUCCCAUGGCCAGAGGCUCAGAAGAAGAAAGGAAAGAGGAAGAAAUAGUCACGCGAACAUCUGAAAAUAGAUACUUUUAAAACAUUACAAACAGUUUCAAUGUAAUACAAAUAUCUAUUUAUAUAAAACGCAUACUAAGUAAACUAUCAUGGUAUCUGUUCUGUUUUAUAACUAUAUCAACACUUAGCAUUACUUAAUUAUCAUUAUAUUAAUAUAAAAUGUCAAAACCAUUAUUAAAACUGUAAUUUCCAUUUUCUCCUGU